AUGUGUCUAGCAGGAGGAGGGCGAGAUAAUUCGGAAGAUGGAACACCGUAUGGUCACGAAAGCCUUGCGGACGCGUUCAAAGACUCGAGUCGGAACCCUUAUUCUUAUGCGAGUGCGAUGUUGAGCGUGCUGUUUGCUUACGAAGGCUGGGAAAAUGCGAAUUACGUCCUGGCGGAAGUGAAGCGGCCUGGGGGAAAUGUGGCUAAGACAUUCAAAAGGGCGGCGCUGUUUUCUUUCAGCUUGGUCACUGUGCUUUACGUGCUGGCGAAUGCUGCUUAUUUCUCGGCACUGGGCUCUGAUAAGUUAGAAACAGUAGGGAUCUCAGUUGCUGCGAAAUUCUUCAAAAGGGUUUUCGGGGAUAGUUCGUUCGUGACUCGAGGACUUCCAGUUCUUAUAGCGUUCUCGGCUUUAGGAAACGUCGUUGCAAAUAUAUAUACCACCGCAAGAGUAAAACGGGAGAUCGCAAAGCGGCGGAUCCUUCCUUUCUCAGCGUAUUGGGAAAGAGAGCAUCCUUAUUACGGUACACCCGUUGGUGCGCUGACUCUGCAUUGGAUCUUCAGCGUUCUCGUGAUCAUUGUUGCUCCCAACUAUAGUGGCGAUGAUGAAGCGUACAAUCUCAUCAGUGUCCUCUGGACUUACGCCCAUACCUGGAUUGGAAUAUUCGUCUCAAUCGGUCUUGCAGUACUCGCUGUUGGCCAGCUCGAAUGGAGUCUCAUCAUAGUGGGACGUGAAACACUCUACUCCCUCAUUAGUUUCUAUAUUCUUCUCAACCUUUUCGUCAUUAUCUUAAUGUGGUGGCCGUCUACGGAGCCAGUGCGUAUCCCAUCUACGACUGCUCCCGCAAUUGGGACUGGUGUACUUGGAUUCGGAGUGCUGUACUGGAUGGUGAUUUCGAAGGUGAUGCCGACGAUGGGACUGGCGCGACAGGAGAUUCCAGUUAAUGAAAGCACACCGAGGGGGAUGGCUGUUUAUAGCAGUAGCAGUAGUAUAGUUGUCUAUGAGUGGGCGAAGAGUGGAAUAGCUGAGAGGUUGUCAAAUUGGUGGACUCUGAAGUUGAAGAGAACCGCUAGUUGA